AUGACGGUUCCUUUUGGUCAUGAAUUCCGCAAAAAAUACUUCGACAGACUUGCUCCAGAUGUCAUUCCCGUCAACCAUGCCUCAUACGGCUUGACUCCAACUCCUAUUCAUGAAAAAUAUAUUUCUGCUUUGAAUCACGAUCACGAGUUUCCCGACCGGUAUAUCAGGUUUGAACUUAAAAAUGACUAUGUUGCGCUGUUGAAAGCACUAGGAACUUUCCUCAAUACAGAUUAUCGCAAUUUGGCCCUUGUUGAUAACACUACAACCGGAGUCAAUACUGUUCUCCGAUCCUACCCUUUUAAAAAAGGAGACAAAGUUGUGGUGGUUAGUACUGGUUAUGACAGUUGUGUUCACGUUGUGGAGUUCUUGAAGGCCAGAGUGUGUGUGGAAAUCAUAGUUGUGGAAGUCAAUUACCCAGUAGAGGAUGAUGAGAUUAUUGAAAAAUACAAAGCAGUGUUUGAGAAUGCUCGUCCACUGUUGGCAUUAUUUGAUACAAUAACCUCGGUUCCUGGGGUAAGAUUCCCCUUUGAAAAGUUGGUUGCUUUGUGUCGUGAAUUCGAUGUGAUAUCGUUGAUCGAUGGUGCCCAUUCCAUAGGUCUCAUCGAUAUCGAUUUGGAUAAGUUGAAGCCCGAUGUAUACGCUUCCAAUUUGCACAAAUGGCUUUACGUUCCCAGAGGCUGUGCGGUGCUCUAUGUUGACCCUCGUCUUCAAGGUAAGAUUCAUACUAUGCCUAUCAGUCACUCGUAUCUUGACGAAGAGACCGAAUCAGGAUUGGAUCCAGAAGAUAUAAAGAAUCGAUUCAUUGACAAAUUCAAUUUUGUGGGGUCAAAGACAUAUGCUCUGAUAUCUUGUAUCGUUCCAGCAAUUGAGUUCAGAAAAUCAAUAGGCGGUGAGAAGGCUAUCGCCAAAUAUUGCCAUGAACUCUGCUUAAAAGUCGGCCAAAAAAUCACCGAAAAAGUAUGGCCCGGAACUCAAAUCAUAGAAAAUCAAUCCAAGUCGUUGAUCACGGCUAUGAUAAAUAUAGAGGUUCCCAUAGAUACGUUUGCCAAAGAUGUUGGAAGCAAGGGAUUAAACGUUACAGAUUUGAAAGAAGUUAAGAAAUGCGUGGAUACUAUUCAGUACCAAAUGGCUUACAAUGAUAAAACCUACCUCCAGCUAUUUGUGCACGGCAAGUUCUAUUGUCGGUUUUCGUGCCAGAUAUAUAAUGAGCUUGAGGAGUAUGUGACUUGUUGCAAGUUGCUCGAGGCAGCUUUUCACGAUUACUUUUCUCUGAAACUGCGUUUAUAA